AUGUCUUUCAAUUCUCAUGCUUAUCAUGUAGAGAAAAUGUUGCUUCCGAAUUAUUUGGCGUCUCCUGGUGUUUUGAAUACCACUACAUGGCAGCACACUGAAACAGGCCUUGAACUUGCUAAAAAGACAGACCAAACCCCUUUCAUUGGCAUCAUCAUGGGACAUGUGUCCCCUUUUCGUCUCAAGUGUGGACCUGUUGGAAAUCACAUGAACAGUGAUGUUAGUCCCCUUCUGAAAUCGAAGUAUCAAUUUCACCUAUGCUGUCCUGCUGACCACGAACUUGGGAUGGAUUAUGAGACUUCAAUCUCUGUGUUGGAUGUGUGGCAGAAGCAGGUCGGAAAGUCUGGAGAGUGCAAGAAUAUGUUGAUUGAAGAUGUUAUGGGAACGAUGUUGCGCUGUGUCAAGAGCAUUUUCAAUAUGAGGGAGGACACUGUUCCUAAUUCUCCACACGGACAGAGUGUGGAAAACACUCCUCAAAUGGAUGAAGAAACUCGUAAUUGGCCUGUUCCUGACCAAUUUGCGAGUGAGUUCGACGAAAUCAAGUAUAAUUAUCAGGUGAUUCCUCUACCUCUUUAUCAUGACGGACAUUUGGUGGAACCGUCCAUGGCCAACGAGGCCAUUAAUGGGGCGAUUGUGGAAGUGCAGUUUCACAUCCACCAUUGGAAGAUUAAGCAAUUCGACAGUUUUCAGGCCAACGUCGAAAAAGUAGAGAUUUUAUGUCCAGGUCCUGUCCAUCACACUUCGAGUUACAAGCGUCCACGGCCUAAAGAAAAAGACAAUGAGCGGGAGCUCAAUUCUGCCCUGGAUAAAUUAACAGUGAAAGAGAUUAUAGCUGCAGUAGGUGACAAUAACUUGAAAAGAGUUGAAAAACGCAAGCGCAGUGACUUAGUGGCUACUGUGCAACGUUUGAUGGAGACCCAUAUACCAAUCAUAUCAGCAGCGAACAGCAAAGCAGCGCAAUCUCACGAUGCACAUUUAUCUUCACAUGCGCCAUUCGAAAACGCGCUAAAUCAGCUCACCGUCAAUGAAAUCAUCUCCGCUGUGCAUGAAUUCAAACUUUCACGCGCAGAGAAACGAAACCGAAAUAGUCUAUUGUCAUCAGUUCGACACUCUGCUCUUCUUCAAUCCGUAGUGGUGUCAGCUGCAGAUGCCAAAGCUGCACACUUACAAGAUUGUGAAGAACAGCAGUUGAAAAAGAUGUGGCUACAAGAAGAACGGCAAAUAUCUGCUCAGGCGAGUUUUUAG